UUUUUUUAAUCGCGUCGGAGACUUUCCACAAGGUUUUUUUUUCUUUUCCUCCCACUGUUUGAUUCAUUUUUUCGCUCCUUGUCUGUUUGACCGAACAACACGAUGGAUAUGAGCGUGAUGCAGAUUUUUAAAGAGGAUCAGUGUGCAUCUGCUGCUGUUGAGGAGUGCUUGGGGAACUUGGAAGCGCCUGUGAACUCCUCAGGGAAUGAGACCUGGACAAGCGAGGUCGACACCCUGUCCCCCAUCGUGCCUGUCAUCACAGCUGUCUACUCCGUGGUGUUCGUCGUUGGCCUGGUGGGAAACUGCCUGGUGAUGUAUGUCAUUAUAAGAUACACUAAGAUGAAAACAGCCACCAAUAUCUACAUCUUCAACCUGGCAGUAGCUGACGCCCUUGUGACCACCACCAUGCCCUUUCAGAGUGCAGACUACCUGCUCAACUCAUGGCCCUUUGGAGAAGUGGUGUGCAAGGUCUUCAUCUCCAUUGACUACUACAACAUGUUCACCAGCAUCUUCACUCUCACCAUGAUGAGCGUGGACCGCUACGUGGCCGUGUGUCACCCAGUCAAGGCGCUGGAUUUCCGCACACCUGUCAAAGCCAAGAUCAUCAACAUCCUCAUCUGGGUUUUGUCCUCGGCCGCAGGCAUCCCGGUCAUGGUCCUUGGAAGUACUCAGACCAACAAUGGUACUACAGAGUGUGCUCUGCAGUUCCCUGAGCCCUACGCCUACUGGGACACCCUGAUGAAGAUCUGUGUGUUUGUCUUUGCAUUCGUGGCACCUCUCCUCAUUAUCAGUGUGUGUUACACACUAAUGGUGUUGCGAUUGAAGAGUGUCCGUCUGCUAUCAGGCUCACGUGUGAAGGACCGUAACCUGCGGCGUAUCACGCGUCUUGUUCUAGUAGUGGUUGCCGUGUUCGUCAUCUGCUGGACGCCCAUUCACAUCUUCAUCUUGGUGAAGGUCCUGGCACCUGAAGUGCCGGAGACCACAGACGUCAUGGGCGCCUACUUCUUCUGCGUGGCACUUGGCUACACUAACAGCAGCCUCAAUCCCAUUCUUUACGCCUUUCUGGAUGAGAACUUCAAGCGCUGCUUCCGUGAUUUCUGCUGCCUGACUCGAACCAAGGCCAACGGCAUGGGCGUGACACGGGUCAGGAGCACGCUCCGCGAGCACACCUGCCAGGCAGAGGGAAGAGGUGAGGGAGGUCGCGGCAGAUCAGUAUGACUAGCUGUGGAACUCUCCUCCUUCCAAGGCCUGGAAAUCUGCAAUGACCAGGGAUUGACACAGAUCACCACUGCCUUCUGAGGAGGAGACAGAUAAAGAUGGGCUUUUUAGAUGAGGGAGCCGCAUCCUUAGGGAGCACAUACUGUAAAAGGAUUUUUUUUUCCAUAUUUAUUUUCCUAGAUACACUUCUGUAGUCUUAUUAAAUAAUAAAUACUUAAGGCUUAUCUCAACAGUAUAACUAACCAUAGUUUUAUUACCGAGAAGGUUUCAGAAGGGCUUUAGAUUCAGAUAGAGUUUCUAACAGACGCCAGCUCCAGUACUCAGCCAAAUCCCUUGGUUUGCCUGCAGUGCGACUUUUUGAAACUUUUACACCAUGCACAUAUUCAGAGUAGCUUAAACUCUCUAUUUCCAAGAACUAAAGAGCUAAAAUGUUAGUUCCUACCAAAUUCCCAAAGGGCUUUAUGUGCCAUAUCCGGAUGCUCCUGAACUAGAGACCAAAGACUGUGUCCAAUAAAUAAUGAAUGGCAGUUAUAGAUCAUGCUCUGUUUCUGAGCAUUACACUCAUUCUCACUCACUCAU